CUAAUUUGAACUCCUAAACAUAAGGUAUGGGUGUAAAACAGUGUUAAGUUCGAAAAAAGGAUUCUGGAGAGAGAGAGAGAGAGAAACAGUUAAAAUAGAUUUGAUUUUUAUUGUUGCAACACAACAAAUGGCGAUGUGAUGUUUGCAGCGAGAGAGAGAGAGAGAGGAAGAGGGAGGUAGAAUUAAGAAUCAAAAAGAGGAUUCAAUACAUGAACAUUGAUGAAAAUGUGGACGCUGAUACAUAGGAAGAAGUUUGACGGGGCGUUAGGACCAUCAAUUUGCGUGAUGGAACAAGGAAGAGAUAGCAGAGCAGAGACAGAGGAUCAGCCAGUUCCCACUCCCAGAGAGGUUGAUAUCAGCCAUUACAGCCUCAAUGCCGGUAUUCUUCCUCCUCUUGGCAACAUCGCCCGCACCACCCGCCGUGUCAAACUCCGCCGCUUCAUCAUCUCCCCAUUUGAUCCCCACUACAGGCUUUGGGAGACAUAUCUGGUGUUGCUAGUGUUCUACACGGCUUGGGUAUCUCCAUUUGAAUUUGGAUUCCUUGAGCAAAAAAUAAAGGGACCUCUGGCUAUAACCGAUAAUGUUGUGAAUGGAUUUUUCGCCAUUGACAUUGUAUUGACCUUCUUUGUUGCAUACCUUGACAAAACAUCUUAUCUUCUCGUCGACAACCCAAAGCAGAUUGCAUGGAGGUACACAAGGACAUGGUUGCUGUUUGAUGUCAUCUCUACAAUUCCUUAUGAACUUGCUCGGAGUAUAUUGCCCUCUUCUCUUGAGGCAUAUGGUUACUUCAAUUUGCUCCGCCUAUGGCGUCUCCGUAGAGUCAGCAAAAUGUUUUCCAGAUUGGAAAAAGACAGGAACUUUAAUUACUUUUGGGUUCGAUGCUCAAAACUUAUAUUUGUUACUCUCUUCGCAGUUCAUGCUGCUGCCUGCUGCUUCUAUCUUAUUGCUGCGCGUAAUUCAAACCCAAGUCAUACAUGGAUUGCACUUUCUCUGGAUAACUUUCAUGACCAGAGCAUAUGGAUUCGAUAUGUGACCUCAAUGUACUGGUCCAUAACCACUCUUUCAACCACAGGCUAUGGUGAUUUGCAUGCCACAAAUACCAAGGAGAUGGUAUUCGACAUCUUCUACAUGCUCUUUAACCUUGGUCUAACAUCAUAUUUAAUUGGAAAUAUGACCAACUUGGUUGUCCAUGGGACCAGUCGAACAAGGAAAUUUAGGGACACUAUUCAAGCAGCCUCGAGUUUUGCACAAAGGAACCACCUACCUAUCCGCCUACAAGAGCAGAUGAUUGAUAAUUUGUGUUUGAAGUACAGAACUAAUUCAGAAGGGCUGCAUCAGCAAGAGAUUCUUGAUUCCCUUCCUAAAGCCAUUCAAUCUAGUAUCUCACACUUUCUCUUCUAUCCACUUGUUGACAACCUCUACUUGUUCCGUGGGGUAUCACAUGACUUACUUUUCCAACUGGUCUCUGAGAUGAAGGCUGAAUAUUUUCCUCCCAAGGAAGAUGUAAUUUUGCAGAAUGAAGCACCCACAGACUUUUAUUUACUGGUUACUGGUGCUGUGGAAUUAAUUGUGCAAAAGAAUGGAUUAGAGCAGACUGUUGGUGAGGCUAGGACAGGAGAUAUUGUUGGUGAGAUAGGCAUGCUCUGUUACAGGCCUCAACUGUUUACAGUUCGGACCAAACGAUUGUGUCAGCUGCUGCGUUUGAACCGUACUGCUUUUUUAAAUAUUGUUCAGGCACAUGUUGGAGAUGGGACAAUAAUCAUGAACAAUCUUCUUCAGCAUUUGAAAGAUAUACGGAAUCCAUUUAUGGAAGAAGUUCUGACAGAUACAGAGAACAUGCUGGCUCGGGGCAGAAUGGAUUUGCCCCUUAGUUUAUGCUUUGCAGCAAAUAGAGAUGAUGAUUUAUUGUUGCAUCAGUUGCUGAAGCGUGGUUCAGAUCCAAAUGAAGUGGAAGAUGGUGGACGGACGGCACUGCAUAUUGCGGCAUCUAAAGGAAGUGAGCAUUGUGUAGUUCUACUUCUAGAGUAUGGAGCAGAUCCUAACAUCACAGAUUCAGAAGGAAAUGUUCCCUUAUGGGAAGCAAUGUUGGGGGGGCAUGAAUCCUUGAUUAAAAUUCUCAUGGACAACAGGGCAGAGAUAUCUUCUGGUGAUGUGGGUCUUUUUGCAUGCACUGCUGUGGAGCAAAACAACUUAGAAUUGCUCAAGGACAUUGUCAAAUAUCGUGGGGACGUAACAGUGCCUAGGAGCAAUGGGAGCACAGCUCUUCAUGCGGCAGUAUGUGAAGGAAAUACUGAAAUAGUUAAGUUCCUGUUGGACCAAGGAGCUGAAAUUGAUAAGCCGGAUUUCAAUGGAUGGACCCCUAGGGCUUUGGCAGAUCAUCAAGGUCAUGAAGACAUAAAGGACUUAUUCCAGACCAAGCCAGAAGAGGUCAAGAAACCACCAACUAUCCCGGUUAGAAUGAAGCCAAAUGUGUCAUUCCCUAAUAAGUACCAGAGUGAGCCCAUGAUGCCCCCAUAUCUCCAUGAAAGCACUCCACCUCCCAGGGAAGUGAGAUGGUCAGAAAAUCGUCCAAGGCGAAGGCCUAACAAUUUUCACAAUUCACUUAUUGGGGUCAUGUCAGCUGCUAACGCUGGUGGAGGAGACCCUAUCCCAUCAGGAGGCAGUUUUCGUAGUACUCAGAGUGUGAGCAGCUACCCGGCUAGGGUGACUCUUAGUUGCCCCGAGAAAGGUGAAGUUGCUGGAAAGCUUGUGCUUCUGCCUGAUUCACUUCAAGAACUACUUGAUAUUGGUGCCAAAAAAUUUGGGUUCUUACCAAACAAAGUUGUAACAAAAGAAGGAGCUCAAGUUGAAGAUAUAGAACUUAUUAGAGAUGGCGAUCAUCUUGUUCUUGUUAGUGAUGAUGGAAUUGGCAGUUGAAAAAGCCAGACUUUUUUUCUGUUGGGUUAGGCCUCUAAGAGUGAUACUGGCAACUGGACUUAUAAAAAGUGGUUCCACAAUACCGCGUGAGCAUUUUGAGCUUUUGGGAUAGAUAUUAAGAGUGAUAUCAUAAGAAAUAUGUAUAUACUAACACACACAAAAGAAGAACAUACACACACACACACACUCAAACACAAAACCUCUUUUCUGCUAGAGAAUGUGAAUGAACUGUAUGGAAAGAACUUGGAGGUGACAGAGAUGAUUACAAAGAAGAGGUUUGUUGUGCAAAUUCA